UUAACUUAUUGACUCCAAAGUGAUGUUUCUUGAUUCGCGUGCAAUUGUUUAAGCCUUAUAACUGAGCAAUGUUGCUACAGGAUCAAAGUGUCAACAUGGAACAAAGUGUGCCCGAGAAUCUCAGCACGCAUGUGUUUAACGAUUGUGUGUUGAAGUCGGGGCAUGAUCCUGCGGAUAGUGAAAACGGCUCCAACUCUCUCAGUGAUCUGUCUACCAAAGAAACAUGCCUGAGCUCCAAUUCCCCAUCGAGUGCUUUUAAUCCCAAUACACCAAACAAAACCAUCACCAACAAUACAACCAAAGUGAAACUCAGUUUCAGUGUCGAUCGUUUACUGAGCGCCGAGCGCAAUGAUCCUCUCAUCCCAUCCCCCAAUGCCACAUUCGCCAAACAAUGCUGUGAGGGCAACAUCUAUGCCUGCUGCAGCAUGUCCAGCUGCUUUGGACAAACGACAGAAGCUGCCAAGCAUGCUCCAGUCGGUAUGCCGCAUGGCUAUCCCUAUGCUGGCUAUGAAAAGUUCUAUGCCGAUCCUUAUGUGGAUUACAAGUCGGUGCUAAGGCCUAUGCCCAUUCGAGCUGCGGAGCAUGCCGCCGCCGCUGCCGCCGCAACAUUUCCCACGUUAGCAACAAAUGCCUUGCUGCGCUUCCAUCAGCAACAUUUGCAUCCGCAACAUCAGCCGAAGCCAGCAACAAUGUUGCCAAGCGCGCUGCCUUUGAGCAGCUUGAAAAGCUUGCAGCUGACGCAGCAGCAGCGCUUUUUAGGCAAAGCAGCGCAGCAGCAGCAGCAGCAACAGCUAAUGGACAUUCCCAACACUGCAACAGGUGGCAGCGCUGCAGCAGCAGCAGCAGCACAAAAUGGCGGCCACAGCAAUAACAACAACAACAACAGUAGCAAUCACAACAGCAGCAGCAAUAAUCAGAGCAAUAGCAACAACAAUAAUGGCAAACGCAAACGCUCUUGGUCACGUGCUGUGUUUACAAAUCUGCAACGCAAGGGAUUGGAAAUACAGUUCCAACAACAAAAAUAUAUAACCAAGCCGGAUCGGCGCAAGCUGGCAGCGCGUUUAAAUCUAACAGAUGCACAGGUAAAAGUUUGGUUUCAAAAUCGUCGCAUGAAAUGGCGACACACGCGAGAGAAUCUAAAGAGCGGCCAAGAGAAGCAGCCGCAGCAGCAGCUAAGCAGCGCAGCGACUGCAGCCAAGCCGCUGCUGCUGAUGACAGCUGCAGGAGUCACCGCUUUACGUCCACAGGAGCAGCAGCACUUGGACUACAGCUCGGACAGCAGCACUAGCGAGCUAAGCGAACAUGCCGAUGAUGAUGAUGACAAUAUUGAAAUUGAUGUCGUCGAGUAG